GAUUUUGUCUCCCAAGUAAUAUCGAAAAAAUUACGUGUACCGUGGGGUGAUAUUUAUAAUACCAAAAAUAGUUUCUGUUCUUAUUGUGGUCUAAGUGACUUGUGUAAUAAAUAUAUAUUUUAAACACUGCUAGGAAUUCAAAGAAAUACAAUGAGAUGCGCUUUGGUUCCGAUUUGACCCACAAACAGUGAAUCAUUCCGUUAUGUGAUUGUGUCUCAAGGCUUGUACAAUGUACACGCUUAUGUAGUUACCCAUUGACACAGCGGAGAGUGCAGACGUGUUUGUCGAAAUAAAAUACUUUGUUUACAAACAAAACUGCUUUUGUGACAUGUGUUACAGGUAAUGGCAUCAAAAAUGAAACUUCUCAUAUUAGCAAAAUGCUAUUUCAUUAUUUUUUCUCUACGCCAUGCUGAGGCUAUAGAUGAUGAGAACAAGAUAUCAUCGUCUCCGUCGGGUAUAGAAGAUGAACAAUACUUGCCUAUCGCAGUGAAUGAAUUUGGGUAUCAAUUUACAGUAAAAAUGAUGGAGCAAAAUACAGAUGAUAACGUAGUAAUUUCUCCGACCAGUGUAGCAGGUUUACUCGCUAUGACACUUCUGGGUAGCGUCGGAAACACGUACCAGGAACUAGCUACGACGCUUGGAUUUUCCCAAGAUAUAUUUACAAAUCGUCGCAACCACGAACAGUUUGGUAAUCUUUUGCAAAAUUUAAAUAGUCAUGUUGAAACAUCAAAAACCCUGUACGCAGACGCCAUAUUUGUAGACGCACAAACACAGCUGCGCGACGUGUUCCGUGAUUACUUGGAUCAGGUUUACCGCGGCGAGGCUCUCAGUGUAGACUUCAGACAAAAAGAAGAGGUCAAACAAAUGAUUAAUGAAUGGGUUAAAUCACACACUCAAGGAAAAAUUGAGAAUUUUCUAAAACAAACUUUACCUGAAACAACUAAAGCUGUAUUGUUGAGUGCUUUAUAUUUUAGUGGACAAUGGGAGCAUCCGUUUAUAGCCGACUACACUAUGAAGAUGCCAUUUAAGAAACGAAACAACACAAUGCUGGUUGAUCUUAUGUUAAACUUGGGAGAUUUUAAUUAUAUUUCGUCGGAAAAAGAAGGUGUGCACAUGAUCGCAUUGCCAUACAAUGACAGUGAAACUACGUUAUACGCAUUAAAACCCAGAAUACCAAAAAAACAACAUCUGUUGGAGGUGUUGCAGCGUCUUGACUACAAGAAAAUAAAUGAUCUCAUAAAACAGAUGAUGCCGAAAAAAGCAGUUAUACGCUUCCCUAAAAUGGAUCUGCAACAUAGUUUAAAAUUAGAAGAAACUUUAAAAGAUAUGGGUAUCAAAUCCAUGUUUAGUCCAAUUGAUGCUAAUUUCGCCCUUAUGGUGAACAGCAAUACAAUUAACAAAACUGAGGACGAAUUAAUUAGUAAGAAAAACUCUGAUCAAAUAAACGAAACAGGGUUUGUGGAAAUGUUGAAUAAUCUUCCAAAUCCAGGCGUCUAUGUUGAUUCUAUCAUACACGACGUGAAGUUGACUAUAAAUGAAUACGGCACAGAAGCGGUCGCCGCCACGAGCGGUAUUUUAGCACGAUCAGCCGAACAGUUCUAUGCAGACUCCCCAUUCUACAUGUUCAUAAGAAACGAAAAAACUAAACUUGUAACAUUUUCUGCUGCUAUUUUCGAUCCCACAAAAUAAAUCGAAUAUUCAUAUUUUUAAGAAAUUUUUUAUACAUUUGAUAAAAUAAACAUUGUUUUUUAUAUACCAAAAAAAAAUAAACUUGAGAGUAUCCUGUCUUACCACUAA